AUGGGAAAUUGUACAGACACAAGCUCCAUUUGCACAGGAAUUCCCUACAAAGACAGCAAGACACUUUUAGUUGCUGUUUACAGCAUUGUUUUUGCCAUAGGCCUUCCAGCAAAUUGCUUAACAUCCGUGCUUACAUUUGUACAAAUCCAGAGGAAUAAAGUAAUUGCCAUCUACAUUUUCAGCUUAUCAUUGUGUGAGCUGAUGUAUUUAAGUACCUUGCCUCUUUGGAUUAUCUACGUGCAAGAUGAGCACCAGUGGAAUAUGGGUGUAACAGCUUGCAGAAUAACAGGAUUCAUCUUCUUCUGCAACAUAUACAUCAGCAUUCUGCUUUUGUGCUGCAUUUCUGUGGAUCGUUACGUGGCACUGGUGUAUGCUCUGGAGUCAAGGGGGAGAAGAGGACAGAAAAAGGCAAUCAUAAUAGUGUGUUUUCUCUUUGCUGUGGUUGCAACAAUCCACUCUCCAAUAUUUCGCAUGGAAGAUGGUUCAGAAUCUAUGAACAAGACAACUUGCUUUGAGACCUUGCCCCUUGACAUAAAAUUGGCUUCUUUCAGCCUUGCCAGAUUCCUAUUUGGAUUUGCUAUACCUUUCACAAUCCUCAUUUUCACAAACUACAAAAUUUUCCAAAGUACAAAAACAAGCAGCAGCUUGACUUGUCGUGAAAAGUCCAAAGUGAAGUAUCUGGCUAUUGCCAUUAUCGUAAUUUUCCUGAUCUGCUUUGCUCCCUACCAUGUAGUACUCUUAAUAAGAUCCAUAUACUUCAUGUUCCAUCAAAAUUGCUCAUGUCCAUUUGAAAAAAAGAUCUAUUCAAUUUUUACAGUGUUUCUGUGUUUAGCCACUGCAAACAGCAUUGCUGAUCCAAUCAUCUACGUGCUGGUUAGUGAAAAUGUCAGAAAAGAUUUUUAUAGGAGUCUCAGAAGAUGGAGACUGAACUCAGCCAGGCUGAAUUCAUCCAUUAAUCACAAGACUGACAGCAUAAAAUUGAAAACAUCAAAAGAAUCACAGGAAGGAGGGCUGAAAGAAGAAAACAAAGAAAUACCAUAUUCAUCUGACAUUCAAAAGACCUGUAAUAGAGUCAAAGACCAAGAAGGUGGUAGCUAG